AUGUUCGGCUCUAAAACGCCCAGUAAAAAAGGUGCAGUCGGUUCAUUAGAUUUAGGAAGUCUUGGCAUAGAAGGACUUGAUGAUUUAGAUUUACCUGCAGAUGAUAAUUUAAGUGAGAUGGAUUUUGAUGAUCCGGAUUUAUUGGUAUUAAGUGUUCCUGGUGAUAUUGAUAUUGAAGCACUUGGUGCUUUGGGUGCAGAGAACGAUGAUGAAGUUGAAUUUAACGAGGAGGAUAUGAAGGAUCCAAACUUGUUAAGGGAAUUACAAGAAUUGGGGGGUGGUGGUCAUGAUGAAAAGGAUUAUUCCACAAAAGAGAAAUUGGCUUUGAAGGAAACUCAAAUUGAAGCAAGUUCCGUGAAAACAUCCGAUAAUCUUCAAACGAAAACUCAGAUUACAACAAAUUCCUUGAAAACGUCCGACAAUCUUAAAACAGAAGUUGAAGUAACUCGUGAUGUUUUAAUAAGUUUGCAAGGAGAACCAUCGCUUGAAGUGAUGUUACAAUCCAAUGAUGUAAACGUUUUAGCAAAGUAUAUACAAGAAGAAAAAUUAAAUGCGAUUAUGAAAAAGAGAGAAGGUGAUAAAGCCGGGGCUGUAGAAUCUAUGAAGGCCUACAAGCAACUAGAAGCGAAGCGAGCUCAGAUUUUGUCACAAAGCAAGCAAGGUUCAGAAACUGAAGUUGGGAGUAACACGAGCUCGCAGAAAGUGGAUGAUUUGUCGAAAAAUUUUGCGGAACAAGCAUCUUUGUCAUCUCCUGUAUCCAAAAAUACACGUCAAAGCUCGGAGAUUUCCCCACAAAAUCAGAAGAUUAUUGAUACUUUAAGUCAAAGAUUUAAACAAUAUAAAGAAGCAGCUGUUGCAUUUAAAACCUCCAACAAUGUUCCGCGUGCAGAAGAAUUUUUAAAUACGGCAACAAUCAUUCAUAAAACAAUGAAAUCUUUGAAAAAUGGUGAUGAAUUACCUGAAGGAUGGGAAAUUCCCGGUGAGCCUGAUGUCUCUAAACGUGAAAUCGUAUCUCAAAGUCCAGUUGUUCCAUCCACCUCAAAGAACAAAACGUCAGUAAAUGUAACGUCAGUGUCAACUAAAAAAAAAGUAUUAACAGUACUAGAUAAUGCGACUAAUUUGAAUAUUAUGAAUGAAGACGAACUAUCAUUUGCUAUGACUCAAGCCGCGACCUUUUACCGUUAUAAAAAAUCUUUUAUGGCUGAUUUAACAUCAUUGAUUUCUUACCGUACGCAUGGCAAAAAUGUACCAGCAUUUCAUUUUCAAGACAUAACAUAUUGCGUUGAAAAUGCUUUCUUACAUUUGUCUGCUAAUGACAUGGAAAUUUGUAUUGAGAGGGCCUAUAAUUUAGGUAAUAAAGAAGUGAACGGAAAGGAUGUUGAUGCAUAUGUAAGUUGGGACAUUGGGUGGCCUACUGAAGGUAGUCUUGGUGCUGGCAGCGGUAAAGGCGACACUUCGACUGCUACACGUGGAAUGGAUCCAGAAUUUAAUUGGAAAAAAAUUAUAAAUAUAGAACGUACAAAAGCGUUUCAACGUUAUGUGAACUCAAAGAAAGCAACAUUCGAAGUAUUUCACUAUAGGGGGUUUUUACGAAAAGCUAUUUCAUUAGGGAAGGCUACUGUUAAGUUAGAUCUACUUUUAAGUAAAGCCGAGAUUCAUGAAGUUUUAAUGCUUGUAGAUCACGUACGGAAGCCGACAGGUGGAAAGUUAGAAAUUCGCUUGAGGUUACGGACACCUUUAAUAAAUCCAGAUAUAAUCUCAAAGACCGAAAAAUGGCUUAUCAUUGAUGAGUUCAAUGCAAACAACCCAGCUUUUGCUAGUAUCCCAUCUACCCCUCAAGCAUCAACAUCAUCUCCAGCAACUCCUACUAGAAAUACUCCACAAUCAGUUUCAUCAGCUAGUAUUCCAACGUCAGCACAAACGCCUGUUAAAUCGAAAGUUGCCACACCCAAAACGCCGCCUUCACCAAGUACACCUACUCCAAUUAGAAAUGAAAUACCUCAAAUAUCAACUCCUGUUGCAAAACAGAAGGUAGUACGUGACACACCCGCUACGCCGACUCCAAGCCGUGAUACUGUUUCGGUUGAUGAUGCACAAAGUGAACUGGAAGAAGCAGAACAACAAUUAAACAAUCUUGUAAUACAAAAUGAGCUUGAUGUGGUUAAUAAUCAAAUUGCGAUACUAGAAGCACAGCGUAAACCAGUUCCAGAUGAUUUAACAGAUAGAAAGGCUUCUUUGGAAAUUAAACAAAAUUUAUUAGUUAUACAAGUAGAGACAGGACAAUUAACAUUAGAUAAAUAUAUAGAUCAGGUAAGAGUAAAUAUCAUUAGUUGUAAAAAGUUGGCUUUAAUAUUUAAGAAAGCCGGUAAGUUAGAGGAAGCAAAAAAAGCACUUGUAAGAAGUAAAGUUAUGGAAGGCGAAGUUAAAGAAGUUGAAGAAGCCAUGGCUAGCGGGGCUAUGGGAUAA